AUGAAAACUUGCCAAGUAUGCAGGAAACCAACUAACAAGCUUUGUUCUCGUUGCCAUGAGGUAUAUUAUUGCGGAACAGAACACCAAAAAAGCGAUUGGAAAACCCAUAAGCUUGUUUGCAUUAUCCAGGAAAAGAAUGUAGAUCCCAAAGAAGAGAAAAUCAAAGAAUAUGACCCUUUUUAUUAUUCUAAGCUUAUUGAUGAUAGUAAAAGUCGUGGACAAGUAGAAUUGUUCGUCGCACUAAAAAAAUUAAAGAAUUCACAAGAUAUGUCAGAAUAUUCCUUGAAUGAUAUCAGAACCUAUUGGGAUAACAGUUGUCGUGAUGGAAGCGUGUCUUAUCUCGAAUUGCGCGGAAUAACUCAAGAUCCUGAAACAAAGGAAUAUUUGAUUGUAAUGAGUUAUGCUAUUCAUGGAGAUUUGAAAAAUCAUUUAAGGCAUAAAUUAAACGAUGUUUUAUGGGGAAUAUAUAAUAAUAAAUCUAAAAGAUUUAGCAAUGCAAUUGGAUAG